UUUCUCGCGAGGAAGGACGCCAUUAUCGGAAUCUCUACAAACAACACGAGAAUUCAUCAUUCACACGGAAUAUCAGAACUUCCCACCUGGCUCUGCCUCUUACGGUCUCCCCUACUUAUCAAUGAUUGUCUGAUACCUGUGAGAGGGGGUCUGUGAUUGGAGCGUUUUUGUUGCUUCUGUGGAAACCUCAGCCUGAAUGAUGUCAGAGCAGGACCUGGUGGAGAUGGUGCAGAUUGCAGUGGAAGAUUUGAACCAAGAAGACCACCCUGCUGUUUUAGAUGCUGAUGAUAAACCAGACCGGAAACGGCCGCGACUGGAGAUCAGCAGCCAGGAUGGAUCGCUCAAGUCCCUGCUAUACUCCAUCACUCAGACCAUCUGCCAGCGCCUGGACGGCAUUGAGACCAAGCUUCAGGCGCUGGAGGAGAAACUGGACAUGGUCAUGAAUAAGAAUCAGGGUCCCAUUCAGGUGCCUAUGGUGGCUGGGUCUCCACUGGGGGCCACACAGACCUGGAACAAAGUUCGCUGCGUUGUCCCUGAGACAAAUGUGAUUGUGAGCAGUGACCGGCCCAAAGGGGCGGGGCCAGAGGAGAUUAAUACCCGUGGGGCGGAGUCAUUGGAGAAUCUUCUUAGCAACACAACAAGUGGACGGAGACAGAACACCAUCCUGGUGAAGGUUCCGAUUCCGGAGGAGAGUCAGGAGGAGGUGGAGAGUGGCUCAGAAGCCAGUGACUCGGUGUCCAAUAGCGGCCAGGCUGCUGGCCAGAGCUCCAACAAUGUCACUGUCAUCACCCUCAACUCCGAAGAGGACUACCCAGGAGGCACCUGGCUAGGCGAUGAGAACAAUGUGGAGAUGCGUGUGAGGUGCCCGGUUUCGCCGGCUGACAUGUUGCACAUUAGCACCAACUGCCGCACAGCAGAGAAAAUGGCGCUCACCCUGCUAGACUACCUGUUCCACCGCGAAGUUCAGGCAGUCUCCAACCUCUCCGGCCAGGGAAAACAUGGCAAGAGACAGCUUGACCCACUCAUGAUCUAUGGCAUUCGCUGUCACUUGUUCUAUAAGUUUGGCAUCACUGAGUCUGACUGGUAUCGCAUCAAGCAGAGCAUAGACUCUAAAUGUCGCACUGCAUGGCGUCGCAAACAGCGCGGCCAGAGCCUGGCUGUCAAGAGUUUCUCCCGCCGGACCCCUGCCUCUCAGACCUCAGAGGGGGCUAGUGCAGCAGAGACAUCCCCUACAGAGAGCUCCACGCCACAGACCUUGCACUACACUCUGGCCAACAGCCAGCAGCUACAGAUCCAUCGCAUUGGGGAGGAUGGGCAGGUACAGGUGAUUCCUCAGGGACACCUGCACAUUACCCAGGUCCCCCAGGGGGAGCAGGUACAAAUCACACAGGACAGUGAGGGGAAUCUGCAGAUCCACCAAGUUCAUGUUGGGCAGGAUGGACAGGUCCUCCGGGGAGCUCAGCUGAUUGCGGUGGCGUCAACGGAUCCAGGGACUUCGGGUGUAGAGGGCUCACCACUGCAGGCUAGUGACAUCCAGGUGCAGUAUGUCCAGCUGGCCCCCGUCACAGAACAUGCUGCUGCUGUGCAGGGGACAGAACCGAUACCUGCCCAGCUGCAGACGGACCUGGAGGUGAAGCAUGAGGCCAUCCAGGUGCAGCAGGCAGAGAACGGGGAGGUGGUGCAGCUCCAAAUGCCCGUCAACACAGUGGGAACCUGAGGAGUGUGGCCUGGUGCAACUUUCUGUUUGCAUUGACUGACACAUAAGGGCAUGCUCCAAUAGGGUAUUGAGGGUGGGAUUUUUUUUUUAAUGAACGCAGGGCUGAAUUGCUAAACUAACCAGUGUGUUUUUGGUUUGUGUUUCUGUGCUAUGAUUGCAAAAGAAUGAUGUAAAGGAUGUCCAAUCAAGAGCCAAAAAAAUUUGUCAAAAAACUCUUUUUCAUGCUGCAGUCAUAGUGCAAAAACACGGCUUUGGAGUGGGAAUAACGGCACUGCUGCAGAAAUUUAGAGGAAGUAGGGAAAGAAUUGCCAGUGGCACAGAUGGAGCAUGGACCAUCAGAGGCCACAGCCCAAAAUUUAAUUUUGUCAGCCAAGCAUUUUACUGGAAAAUUUCCAUCAUUUAUCAGCUUGAUUAGCGAGAGCUGAUUUACAAUGAUGCAGUGAGCUCUCAGCUUCACAAAGAGCAAAGAGUUCAGCAACUUGGCCUGGUUGUCAUUGAAAUCCUCCCCCUCUCCCUCAGCUUCCAGUCUCUGUACUUCUUAAAACCUGUGCUGUAAGCCCAGCUCUGCAGUUGUCUAAAGUGAAUGUUAACCCAUGACAACUGGAGCUGUGCCUAGGCUUAAGAGGCUUGAAGGGGAGCUGUUAAUAAUGUAGAUUUAUUGCUUUUUUUCCUUAGAAACUUUGAUUUACCUUUUUAUUCACCUCUCACCCCCUUUGCCCCCUUAUCCUCUUCUCCUGAUGGCUGUUGUCUCUGUUUCACAAACCCAGCUGUAACAUGCUUCAGUAUUUGUUGAGAUUUUGUAGAAGGCAGAGUUUACUAGGACAUACCAGAAUCUGGCAAUGAACACAUGGAAUAUUAAGAAAAGAGAUGUUAUGUCUCUCUGCAUAACUUGCUUUCAGAAAUUUAUUCAGAUGAAUAAAAGUUCAUUG